AUGGGGACCGCGGUCGGAAAGGGGGCUCUUCGAGGGUCUGGAAUUUGGUAUCCUGUGGCGACGACCAAGAUCUUCAAGGACGCGUGCGGCGCCCCCGUCCGCGAUGCGGGACACAGCUACACGAUCCAGCAGGUCGUGCUCUGCACCAUCUCGGGCCUCACCGUCCUGCUGAGGCUGCUGUCCAAGAUCCUGUCCAGCGACACCGAGGGCGCCAUGAGCACGCUGGGGGCGGACGACCUGACCAUUCUCCUCGCGUAUGUGCUGCUGCUGCCCAAGAUGUACCUCUGCGGCGUCCUGAUGACGGGCGCCGGCCUCGGGCGCGACGUCUGGACUCUAACGACCCACCAGCUCCGCGACUACGCUUUUUACUGGUACUUUGCGGAGCCCAUCUACUUCGCAGUGGCCAGCCUGAUGCGCAUCUCCAUCACCCUCUUCUUCAUGCGCGUCUUCACCAGGCGCGGGCUGAAGCCAACCUUCGUCCGCGGCCGCGGCAGCUUCCGGCUCGUGCUCUGGGGCACGCUGGCCGCCAACACGGCCCUGGCGGUCGCCUUCGUCACCGUCGGGCUGGCCCAGUGCGCCCCCGUCAGCUUCUACUGGACCCAGUACGACGGCAGCGGGGCCGCCGCGACGGGUGGUGGCCAAUGCAUCGACGGCAGCGCGCUCGUGUGGGCCAACGCGGGGGCCGGCAUCGCCAUGGACGCGUGGAUGCUGACGCUGCCGCUGUCGCAGACCGCGGGGCUCAACUUGUCGCGGCGGCGGCGCGCGCAGGUCGGCGGCAUGUUCUGCGUCGGCCUCCUCGCCACCGCGGUCAGCGCCCUGCGCCUGCGCGUCCUCGGCGGCUUCUCGUCCGACAACCCGACCUGGGACCAGCUGCCCGUGGCCGUGUGGUCCGCGCUCGAGAUGCACGCGGGCAUCGUGUGCGCCUGCCUGCCCGCCAUGCGCGUCGCGCUCGCCCGCACCCUGCCCGAGGCCGUGUCGCUGGGCGUCGUCACCGUCGUCGAGGGGGGCGCUGCAGCCACCGCCGCGCUGCGCCGGAGCCAACACCAGCCCCUGAACCCAAGACGCCUAUCGAAGCCCCUCCCGCCGCUGCCUCGCAACAGCAUGUCGUCGCUUGGCAGCAGGACGUGGGCGGCGGCGGUGGCGGCCGGCCGCUGCAACGAAGACAGCGACAGCGACAAGACUGUGGUGGAGGGGUGGCAGCCGCCGCACCCGCGCAAGCAGGCCAACCUGAGCCCCUACUUCACGAUAGGUCGGCCCGGCGGCGGGCGGCGGCUGACGCCCGACUUUUUUGCCGUGUCGUACCCGUCUGUGAAGGGUAGGGGGAAGUAA